UUAUAGCAAUAACACGAGUCCAAAUAUUCUGAACAUUAUGUUCUCGAAAUUUUGAUCGGUGAAAAACAUAGUCGCGUAUUUUGUGUGAUGUGUGUCAACCAUGUUACCGUUUUUUAAAAAGAUUCAAAGUUAUCGUGUUUUUAGAACUCGCCCGAAGAACGCCAUCGACUUGAUCCGAACGUUAAUUUUUUAUUUUUUACAUUGAAUAAUAAAUAAUAAGAAUAAUAAUAUUGAAACUCAGCGCUAUCGAGAAUUUCGAUAAUUGUCGUUUCCAGUCGAUUAUACGUAGACGUCAGACUAGCCGUCUUGUUAUGGCGUGUAGCUACAUGUUAGGCCAGGUUUGUUGUGAAUUUGUGAUGGAACGGUCAAUUAUUACUGUUCGUCAGUACUCAGUAGUAACUCAUCAUGGCCCCUGGUACGUCAAAUUGUUUUAGCAUUGUUUUAGCCUCAUUAUAACAUUUUAAUUGCAUACAGUGAAACUGUAUUCAUUAUGUACAUCUUGUACUACAGUUUUGGUUGUCGGCUGUUUUUCACGUAAACACAUGAAUCGCUGUUCUCGAUUUGUGAAUCAUUAUGUAUAUAUUAGAGGGGAACAACAAAUGUAUAGAAAUUUUCAAGUUUCAGAUAUGGUCUACACUUUAAAAAGACAAAUAAGAAAUAUGAGUUCUACUAAUAUGGAAUUUAUUGAUCUAGAUGAUGAAGAUGCAGAUGCAACUUGGGGUGGCAACAGGACUAGAUAUGUAUACAAUUAUACUUUACAGUGUACUGAUUUAAUUUCAGACACAGAUAAUUCAGAUGCUACUGAAAGUAUUUACAGCGUUCAAUCAAAAACUACAAUGGAAGCAAUAAGUGAAGUGGAUCUUUCCUCGGAUUGUGGAAGCGAUUGCGUGUGUAUUGGUCAAAUAAAUCAUACCGAGUUUGAUGUGAUAAGCACAUCAUCAUCUUGCCUUAAUAUAGAAUCAGAUUCUUCAGAUUCCUCAACAUUAAUAGAUUUUAAGGUAAACAAAAAUAUUAUAAAUUGCGAUAAAACUAUACUUGAUGACAAAGGAUAUUUUCCUGAUGAUAGUGAUGUUACUUUAACUACUUCCAAGACUAAUGCGCCUCCUCCAGCAUGUUUCAAAAUAUGCCUACAAUGCAAAAAAGAAAACUCUAAUCCCUAUUUCCAAUAUUGUUUUGUUUGUUUUCGAUAUAGAAUGGAUUUUUUUGGUAGUAAGCCUCGUUCUAAGACAAAAAAUGUCAAACGCUUAAAUGUGUUUAAGCCUAGAAAAGAAGACAACUUAAUCGAAGAUUCUCAAAAAUCCAGUCAAUCAAAUUCUUUACAAGAUGAUUCAAUUCAGCCAAAAAAUAUUGAUAAUAGUAUCAUAAAUGAAAAAAUUGAUAAUAUAUGUAAUAUAUGUUUCAAAAUGCCUAAAAAUGGCGUUUUUAACCAUGGAAAAAUUGGUCAUAUUUAUUGUUGUUACUCGUGUGCUAAAAAACUGUGGAAAAAAUCAAAUAAAUGUCCUUUAUGUAAUGUAAGAAUUAAAUUUGUGACAAAAAUGAUUAUUGUCUAAUAUUUAUAGUUUCUAUUUUGUUUUUUUUAAAUAUUUUAUAGUUUAUUUCUAGCACUAAUUUAUUAUUGUUUAUUAUUACCUAGUAUAAUUGUAGUUUAUUUAUCAUUGUUUAAUAUUUACAGAAUAUAAUUAUAUGUUAUUUCUAUUCUCUGUUUCAUAAUAUAAGAGUAAUCUCAAGCAGCCCCUGUGUGUUACCUAACUAAUGUAUUGAGGGGUAUAGUCUGAUUAUACUUCACAAAAAUCGUUUAUCUUUUGAGAUUACUCUUAUAUUAUGAGAAAGAGUAAGAGAGUUUAUUUUAUUGUUUAAUUUUUUUUUGAUUAAAAUUUUGAUAAUUUUUCUACUUAAAUAUUUAAUUUUUUAUAACUACUGUUAUUUUAAAAACUAUUUUUUUAAAUUUUCACUUUGGCUGUGUUUAAUAUUUUAAAAUGUUUUCUAUUCAACAAUUGACAUAACGAUUAAAUUCAUAAUAUUUAAUAUUAAAUAUAUUGAAAAAUGUUUUAAAUGAGAA